UGUCGUAAGCCAAGUGCGCUCUGACACAGCACGGCACGAGCCACGAACACGGGGGCGAGAGAACUGGCUAUUUUUAAUAAACCGGAGUGUCGGAGGAAAACAGAGAAUUAACAGCCUUUAUCGCAGGCUCUCACUGAAUUAUUUUCUUUUACUCGAGGACAGAAGUGGAAACAACCACCAUAAUUCCGGUGGAUGGUUUUAUCCGCAGUGCCUCAGCCAAUAAACCAACCGAGGAUGUCAAGACAGCAGCAGCACCGGACGCCGUUAAAACUCACCGACAACGUGGUGGAGGUCAAGAGCAAAUUUGAGGCAGAAUACCGUCGCUUUGCUCUAAGGAGGAACGGCCCGGGUGGCUUCCAGGAGUUCUACCACCUCCUCCAAACCAUCCACCACAUCCCCGGGGUUGACGUGCUGCUGGGAUACGCCGACGUCCACGGAGACCUUCUUCCAAUCAACAACGACGACAACUUCCACAAAGCUGUCUCGUCAGCCAAUCCGCUGCUCCGCAUUAUCAUAAGCAAGAAAGAGGAUGAACCUGUAGUUUUUGCCACCAACUCCCUUCAGAGGCGUAAAAAGGGGCUGGGCUUAACAGGACUGCGCACCACUGGCUCAGGCUCCACCCACUCAAAGAACAAACCGGGCCUUAUGAUUGGAAUGCCGCAGAACUUCAGACAGAUCUCAUCUAUCAUUGACGUGGACAUCUUACCCGAGACACACCGACGUGUACGACUCCACAAGCACGGUACCCACAAACCACUGGGCUUCUACAUCCGUGAUGGGGUGAGCAUGCGAGUGACACCACAGGGCGUAGAGAAGGUUCCAGGGGUGUUCAUAUCCCGUCUGGUACGUGGCGGGCUAGCAGAAAGCACAGGGCUGCUGGGAGUUAAUGAUGAGAUCCUCGAGGUCAACGGCAUCGAUGUAGCAGGGAAAUCUUUAGAUCAGGUUACGGACAUGAUGGUGGCCAACAGUCACAACCUCAUAGUGACUGUCAAACCGGCUAACCAGAGGAACAAUGUGGUGCAUCGUGGGAGUAAAACUUCAGUAGGCAACUCUGGUUCUGUGGGCUCAGCUGGAUCUACGAGCUCCGCUCUGUCACAUGACUCACCAAGCCCCGCCUCUCAGAGCAACCCCAUUACUGCAAGCAACAGCAUUGCAGAGGGCGACAGUGACGAUGAAGAUGACGAUGGCGACCUCAUUCUGGAGAAUGACUGUCUGACACCCUUCGACUCCCACCGGGUAACCAACAGCAACAAUACCAACCUCAACAGAGACUCACCUAGCAACAGGCCGCACAACGCCACUGUGGUUAGGCCCCUCCCACAGAGUGUGUCAUUGCCCAAUAGCGUUGGGGCAUCCCUGAGUGACAGCUCCAUGAUGAUGUCCAAUCACAACGGAAACCCUGCCCACACGUCUAGUAGCAGUCAAGACAGCAUGAGAGAAGACGGAAACAUAAUAACAUUGUAACCACGGCAACACUGACAGCUACACUGUAACAGUCAGAGCAAUGAAAUAUAACCACAGAGUGCUGUAACCAUGACAAUUACAGAUGGCUGUGCUUCCGUCAGCCAGACUCAGCAGCACCUUUUCUUUUAAAGGUUCUUGCUGUUGGUUCUCUGAUAGUUCAUCUUGUAAAGUGGACUGACUCUGAGUGUUUGACACUGACAGCACCGCAGAGGGUUCUGCUAACUUCUUACCCCUUGCCAGCCUUGGUGGAUUAUGGGCUUUCACAAUCUACAGGUAAAACAACACUGACUUUUGAUAUGUCUGCAACAUGUGGCUGAGCUGAUGUACAGAGCUGAAAUAUCAGGUUCUGUACGUAAAAAAAAAGGUUUAUAUUCACCCCAGAGAAAUGAUUGAAAUGCCAUAAUGUGUUAACUGAUCAGUGUGGACAACAACUUUGUGAAAUAAUUGAAAAUGCUCUUGUAAAGGCCAUGAGUCAGUUUGAUGUCAGCAUACUUAAGAAAUCAUCUCUAUCCCAAAAUUGCUGGUGAAGUAUAACAAAACCAACAAACAAGCAGAAACAAACAUCCCUGUUAACUGCAGUACAACAAGACAAUGAAAUAAGGGCUCUAUUUCCGUGGCAGCACUACAACCAGUGCAAGCACCUCCAACUGUUUUAAACUUUUUAUUCUUGUGAUUGGUAGAGAGCAUAUUAGUGAAUCACCACAGCCUCUGCUCUAUAAUCACCUUCAGUCACAGCAAGUGAAGACUCCCACAGUCUGUGCUGUACCACUUUGCACUGGUCGUUUUACUUGUAACACUGAAAUAGUGCCCUGGUUUGUGUUAGAAAUCCCAAAAAUCCAACUUAUGUACAGGACAGCAGAACAGAGAGAAGGAAACGUUACGUGUCUGAACCAGUUAAAGUGAGAGGUAUUAGCCAUUUUUUUAUUUGCUUUUUAAAUUUCUUGUAAUUCACUUAAUCAAUCAGACAAUAAUGUUGAUUCAUCUCAUUAGUUUAAUUUAAAAUGAAAUAUACAUUGCAAAUACAUGUUUUUACAUUAUUAAAAAAAGGUGGUCAGUUGACUAUAUUAUUAGACAGCUUUGGCAUUGCACAUAUGGAAGCACAGUUACAUUAUUCAGAUUUUUAAAACAAUUUCAGCAGCUGUUAUUCAGACAAAAGGGCAGGGGGAGAUGGAAAGGUAUGUCACAUGGCUGAUGCAGGUACACAGCGAGUAUUCUUCAUGAUUUACACACUAAUAUAUAUAAAGAGCAGAGACACCAGCCUCCCUUCCUACCGAACUUACUCUAAUCACAUAUACACAUACAUAUGCACACAAACACACUGUUAAACAUCAGGGAGUAUGGCCAGAAUAAGGACCUUCAGACUGAGAGCAGUGCAGUAUGGGACACAGAGGCCCUCUUAUCUGGGUCAUAUGAACCUGUGUGUGUGAGUCCAGUCUUUGUUGUUGGAGCUCUGGGGGUAUUGCCUUACAGUCAGAAAUGUUGGCUGACUCAGUCACACACUGCGCUCUUUCUUUACUGACUCCUCUAUCUCACAUUCUGCUUCCAAUUACACCAAAAUAUUUUUGGUCUGACUGUCAAAUGGAAUCAAUGUCACAAUAAUGUUUACAAAAUAAUAUCAGCUACAUGACGUCCAACAGAAGACGUGCAUCCUCUCCGCCAGCUUGGCCUUGGGUGAUGCCAGCCUGCCCCAACUGCAUUUAUACUGGAUACAAUAGAUUAAGAUUCAUCAGAAAUUAAACAAGUCAUAACACCCUAAGUGUGCUUGUGUUAGUGUCCUCUGACAGUGUCAAUGCUCCUUCAGUGCCGUGUUGAUGUAAUCCUGCUCAGAACAGUCACUGUGCCCUGGAGAAGGCAGAGGAAAACCCAGUUUAUGCUCCAUGUUGAACACAAGUCAAGCAAACCAUAUAGACAUAAGAGCCAUUUAAUGCACUGAAAGAACUGUGAUUUUAACUGGUUAAAAGCAACUAAUAUGGUAAAUAGUUGCCAUUUGUGAGUGAAGCAGUUUGUGAGCCAGCUGUUAACACCGAGAGGUAAUCGAGUUGAACUCUUAUCGGAAAAAAGAAAGAAUUGAUUUCCAUGAGAGCCACGACCUUUUCAAAGGAUCACGAAGCACGAAGCUUAAAGCUCCCGCAAAGAUAAAGCGGUUUGUCUAAUAUCUCUUUCUGACAGGGGAUGUGUGCGCUGGUCUAGCGGACACGCGUUCAAUCCUUGUUGGACCCGUUUAUAUGAGACAGCUGUCACGCUUUUCCACACAAUUCCUCAUUGUCACCCUUUCCUUACGUUUCACAGCUAAACCAUACAGUUACACAAAAGAAUUACCAAUUUAAAGUUUGGUUUGGUUGGGCUUUGUGUUUUCCUGUAGCAGUCCUACACCACAACUGAUCCCAGCACUGGUCUGUGUGUAUAGAACAGCCAAAUGUAACUGUCUCCUGACGUGCCAAAAUUCAGUUGAAUAAAGGCAGAGCCGCCAUGGAGCCAGAAGCAGCUGUAGCUUCUCCAGUCAAUCCCUGGCUGCUGAUUAUCGUUAAAACAUGGUACUGAGUUUUAGAAAUGAAACCUUUAAGCACUAAUCCAAGUUUUCUCCACUUUGGUCAGCAGGUUUUACACACAGCCUUUCUGAUCACGUUGCUUGUUAAAAUGCUACUAGCAACUAUCUGGAGGAGUUUUAAGGAAGGCAUUAGGGGUGCCUAAUAUGUCAUCCAAGUCCACUGAUGCUGUUCAAGAGCCAGGAAAGAUAAAGCAAGUGCACCUGACCAGAAUAUUGUGUUUGAUGUCAACAACUGCUUAAUGCACACACACACACACACACACACACACACACAGUCCAUUUUCAUUUUAAUGUAUGUUACUGUAAAAUGUAAAUGUGAGAUUAUGAAACGAGGGAGAUUUUCAUUACCCGGGAGAAGUUUUUAUGUAAGAGAAAAUUUUAUAAUAUGUGUAAAAUAUGGAGAGUAUUUUUCUUAUUCUUGUAUUUUUAAAUUGUAUAUGAGAGGAGACGGGCAACUGAGGUGAACAGUGUGUGAUAGGUUGCUGCUGAAUGUGUUAACAUGCACACAGUGUUCUGUUUUUCUUUAGCAAAUGUGGUUCUAGUGGCUUAAAGAUCAAGGACGUCUUUUUCAGAAUUCAAAGUUUAGCUUAAAAUUAAAUUCUCGCAUGCCUCAAUGUACCAUGUUAAUAAUGGAAAUCCUGGAAUAUUCCCCCAAACGAAGUACCGUUGGUGUGCAUGUCAGCACAGUCAUUCCAGGGUCACAUAGGUGCUUAUCAUGGCUUAUAACUCCAUAGUUGGAGGGAUCAUUUUCCCUUGCUGUUACAUGAUUAACAUUUUGUGUCAAGCAUGUAACCUGAACUAAAAUCUAGUGUACGCGUGGCUGGAUUAUCAACUGGGCCAAUUGGAGCGGACCAGGGCUCCAAAGGCCCCAGCAUCACUGUGUGGCAAUAAAUUGGUUUGGCUACAUGGACACUUAAUGUACACUGAAUAUACUCUGAUAAGGCCAUGAAAGUGGCUCCUGCAUUGUUACCUGUAAUAUUUCCAUUGCUAAGGUGCUUACAGGGGAUUUAUUUUUUUAUUAAAAUCUGUGUGUAGUCAAUGAUCACAAGUACUAACUUGGGGGAGGGGGGGGGGGGCCUCAUCAGCUAAUUUUUGCUUAUGGGCCCCUAUCAGACUAAUUCGGAGUGUACGCCAACAAAGAAACAGUCCAGUCUCACCCAGAGUCAAGUGAAUCUCCAGUGGACCCAGGACGGGCUUAUUGUAGCUUAGCACAAAGAAUAGAACCGGGGGAAACUGCAAGCCUAGCCCCUUACUCUGUCUUACUCCAACUGUGUAUUUAUACGUAUUUUGUCUGCUGAAUAAAAUUACAAUUGUAAAAACAAGAAAUGAUGUGUUCAGGAGCAGUUAGUGUUGGAGCUAUUUUUUUGUUUGAUUUCUAUAACAGCCAAAUGGUAUGGAGCUGAUUUGGAUACAGUGUAAUUAUUCAUCACCUUAACUAUGUCAAGAAUGUAUUGUGGAAAACUGAGCCUGGAUCUGCCAUACCUCAUGAAGCUGGACUUCCACCUGUCAAACCCUUUCUUUCAGUGUGGUUCAUGUUACAGGAACACAGUCCUUGUAACCUAUUUGCUUGUAACACACAACAGUGUGUCCUGGACUGUAACUAAAUCAGUUGUGUGUUAAGUUCAGUAGUUUGCCCAGAAAUUCUGGUUGGGCUGUCCCGAAUUCCAUGUUGGGGGCUUUAAGAACGUUCACUUCACCCAGAAGCAGAGUGUUCAGGUCAGCUCAAAAUUCUGGAGUCUCCAAUGAUUUGUUUUUUUGCGUCUGGCUACACUGCUGCAUGCAACAUAUUGAGUCCUGUCGUAGUUACCUGGUUUAAACAAUUUUUUAAAAACGAUUUUUUAAACAUCUUUUAAUGGAGCUAGUUAUCAGUUUCCACCCUUUUCUUUGCUAAGCUAGGCUAAACACUAGCUGGACCUGGAGAUGAAACCGAUGCUAAUCUUCUCAUCUUUGGAUAAGAAAACAAACAUAUCUCAAUACACCAGUCUGUUCCUUUAAUUAAUGGCCAUAAAGGACCCUGAGCUCAUGUAACUGGAUCUGUUUCGAGUUACUGUUACAUGUAAAAAAAAAAAAAAACAACAAAAGAAAACAAGCAGGAUAAACUGAGUUUACAUUGGUUCUCCCGCUGUCCCGAGUCGUUCUGGUGAUGCAAAAUGGUCCCUGAAGCUAAACGGUACUGCUGAUGUCUGACUAACAGCCAGUCUGCAUGUGAUGAUCAUGUUGCCAAACUCCUCAGUGUAACAUCAUUGUGUAACUCCAUAUGUAGCCCAUUCACAUUAUGAUAGCAGGUCAGCUUGGAGAUGUUUUGGAUGGUCGUGUGGUUAAGCAAAAAAUGAAGAUGUCCUCCCCUGACUGUACAAGCUUUUACAAAACAAAGGAAGUGCCUUUUUGAAUGAGGAUACUUGCGUUUCAUUGGAUGUCAUGACCUGCGUGAUGUUCAGUACGCAGUUGAUGUAGCAGGUUGUGUCAGGUGAUGAGGACAGCAGGAUAAACGAGCCCGUUGAAGGUUUCUUGUUAGACGUGUGAUAUGAGUAACCUGCGCUGAACACAGUUGGUUUCUAUGUGCAGUCACUAAACUGUGAAUGUCAUUUGGA